AUGACGAAGCAAAUAGAAAAUAAGCCGACGCAAUCGAGCGGCUUUUCAUGGUGGGUGGCGGCUGUGUUCAUCAUCGGAGAGACGGCCGGAAGCGGUUUGGUGGCUAUGCCAAACGCCAUCAAAAACACAGGUCUAAUUGGUGGCCCAAUUCUUCUCUGCCUUCUCGCUGUGGUAACCGCUCGAACGGCAAUGCAACUAGGUGACAACUGGUUAUUAAUGCAGAAACGAUGGCCACAGUACUUGGAACCUUGUCGGAGUCCUUACGCCGAAAUGGCUUACCGGUCUAUUGGAGGUCGAGCAAGUCAAAUCGCUCAUGUCCUCAUCCAGAUCACUCUAUUCGGCGGUGCUUCGGUGUUCUCACUUCUGGCUGCUCGUAACAUCGCCGAUCUUCUACACCUCUUUGGAUAUCCCAUCCAUUUCUGUAUCAGUCUAUUCGCCGUCGCCAUAUUUUCUAUGGCCUUUCAUGAUGCUACGCAGCCCUAUGCAUUUCUGGCCGCCUCCUAUACCACCGUAACGGCAAAGCAAUUUACACUUGGUUUUGGCACCAUCGUCUUCGCUUAUGGUGGUCAUCCCGUAUUUCCCACUAUUCAGCAUGAUAUGGUCAAACCAAGGCAUUUUAGCAAAGCAGUUAUCCUAAGCUAUAUUGUGUUAUUUCUCCUCUAUAGCCCUGUUGCCCUAACUGGUUACGCUGUAUACGGGACUUCCGUAUCCGACUCAAUCAUCUCGUCUAUUCAGACUCCUGUCUUACGUCUUCUCAUCAGUAUUCUUAUCACAUUACAUGUAUUAUUUUCAAUUCUAAUUAUUAUCAAUCCACUGCAUCAAGGUGUUGAAGAGCAUGUCGGCGUUAAGCACGGGUCCAGUGAGCCUGACACGUUGGUUGCCGGAUUUGUGGCAAGGUAA